UAGUAACACUAACACACACAAACAAACCUGUGGUUUCUCUUUCUUCUGCACUGCCUUAUCCAUGCGUUGACUUCAAUUCCUGUGCACUCGCUCAAAUCGAAUCAAUGGCUUUUUCUUCAUCUUCUUCACCUUUACAAUUAAAUCCUGAAUGGAUAUAUGACGUGUUCAUCAAUUUUAGAUCAAAAGACACUGGCAAAAGUUUCGUUUCUCAUCUCUAUGCUGUCCUUAAAAAAGCCAGAAUCAAACACAUCGACAUCGAUCAGCUUCACGAUGGAGUCUUGCUAGAGUCAGAACUAUUUGAAGCAAUAAAAAUGUCCCGUAUGUCUAUCCUUGUUUUCUCCAAAAACUACACUGAAUCUAGUUGGUGCCUCGACGAGCUGCAAAGAGUCAUGGAGUGUCGCAGAACUCAUGGGCAGAUGGUUGUCCCUCUAUUUUAUGAUGUUACUCCAUCGGAUGUGCGCUACCAGAAGGGUCAUUUUGGAAAAAAACUUAGAGCUGCUGCAAAAAGAAUCUCAGGAAAGGGAAUGAGGGAACAUGUGGUAUCUGGUUGGAGGGUUGCACUCUCAGAAGCUGCUAACAUCUCAGGUUGGGAUGCCUCCAAUUUCAGGAAUGAAGCUGAACUACUGCGGAAAAUUAUUGAAGACGUCUUGAGAAAGCUAAAGGGCAGCCGCAGAUUAUUGUCUAUUCCGGAAUUUCCAGUUGGAUUGGAUACCCAUGUGCAAGAAGCGAUCCAGAUUAUUGAAAAUCAAUCAAACAAUGUUUGCUCUAUGGGGAUCUGGGGUAUGGGUGGAUCGGGGAAAACAACCACAGCCAAAGCCAUCUACAAUCAAAUUUAUCACACAUUUUUGUAUCACCAUUUCAUUGCGAAUAUUAGACAAGUUUGUGAAAGAGGUGAUGAAGGGAUUAUUCAUUUACAAGAACAGCUUCUUGCAAAUGUCUUGGGAUUUAAUGAGAAGAUAUAUAACACUGCAUCCGGGAUAACCACAAUUGAGGACAGACUUAGUGGGAUAAAGGCACUUAUUGUACUCGAUGACGUAAGCACACUUGAGCAAGCAGAAGCCCUAUGUGGAAACAGUAAAUGGUUCGGUUCAGGAAGCGUAUUGAUCGUUACAUCUAGGGAUACACGCAUACUUAGGUUACUUGAAGUUAAGUAUAGGCUUACAAUGAAGGAAAUGGUCGAAGGUAAGUCUCUUGAGCUUUUUUGUUGGCAUGCUUUUAGACAACCUAGUCCAAUAGAAGACUUCAGUGAACUCUCAAGGAGCGUAGUUGCUUAUUGUGGAGGAUUACCACUGGCUCUUGAAAUCAUUGGGUCUAUGUUACAUUACAGGACAAAACAAGAAUGGAGAAGUGUACUGUCAAAAUUUGAGAAAAUUCCCCAUUAUCUAAUGCAGCAGAUACUGAAAAUAAGUUAUGAUGGUUUAAUGGAUGAUAUGGUAAAGGCUGUAUUUCUUGACAUAUGUUGUUUCUUUAUUGGUGAGGACAAAGCCUAUGUUACAGAGAUACUAAAUGGCUGUGGACUUUGUGCUGAUAUUGGAAUAGCUGUCCUCAUAGAGCGGAGCCUCUUAAAAGUUGAGGACAAUAACACCCUUGGAAUGCAUAAGUUAAUAAGAGACAUGGGAAGAGAAAUUGUUCGUGAAAGUUCAGCAAAAGAGCCAGGGGAGCGUAGUCGAUUGUGGUUUCAUGACGAUAUACACGAUGUUUUGACAGAAAAUACUGGAAGGAAAAAUGUAGAGGGGUUGGUUUUGAAGUCGCAAAGAACUGGCAGAGUUUGCUUCAGUACUGAAUCUUUCAAGAGGAUGAAGGACCUUAGACUUCUGAAACUUGAUCGUGUUGACCUCACUGGAGAUUAUGGUUACCUUUCUAAAGAACUGAGGUGGGUCCAUUGGAAAGGAUUUACCUUCAACUAUAUACCUGAUGACUUUCAUCAAGGAAAUCUAGUUGUUUUUGAAUUAACACACAGCAAUAUUAAACACGUAUGGAACGAAACCAAGGUGCUGGUGAAUCUAAAAAUUCUCAAUCUCAGUCAUUCAAUUUACUUGGAAAGCUCCCCAGACUUUUCAAAAUUACCCAAUCUUGAAAAGCUCAUCAUGAACGAUUGUCCAUGUUUGUCUGAGAUACACCCUUCCAUUGGAGAUCUCAAUAAUAUUCAUCUGAUAAAUUUGAAGAACUGUAUAAGUCUUAGCAAGUUUCCAAAGAAUAUCUUUAAGUUGAAAUCAUUGAAGACUCUCAUCCUUUUAGGUUGUACGAAGAUUGGCUCGUUGGAAAAAGACAUAGUGCAGAUGGAAUCCUUGACAGAACUGAUUACAAAUAAUACACUUGUAAAAGAAGUGGUUUUUUCAAAACAUAGAAGUGUUUCGGUACAUUGCCAAUCAGAGAUUCAUCUGAAAGAAGUAUUAAGAAGAUUUCUUGAAGGUCUAUACGGUGCAGGUCUCACUAAAAUUGGAACAUCGCAUGCAUCACAAAUUUCGGAUCUUUCCUUGAGAUCACUUUUGAUUGGAAUAGGAAAGAGCAUAUCACAGGGAUUAACAACCAAUGAUUCUGGAGAUUUUUCCCUUCCGGGGGACAAUUACCCUUCUUGGUUAGCCUAUACAGGUGAAGGAUCUUCAGUAAAUUUUCAAGUACCUGAGGAUAGUGAUUGCUGCUUGAAGGGAAUAACUUUAUGUGUUGUUUAUUCAUCAACACCUGAAAACAUGGUAGCCGAAUGUCUUAACGGUGUCUUAAUCACUAAUUACACAAAAUGCACAAUCCAAGCAUACAAGAGAGACACAUUAUCCUCUUUUAACGAUGAAGAUUGGCAAGGUGUAGUGUCAAAUUUAGGUGUUGGUGACAAGGUGGAGAUAAUUGUAGUUUUUGGGGACGGGUUGAUUGUUAAGAAGACAACUGUCUAUCUUAUAUAUGACCAGUCAAUUACUAUAGAAGUUGAUACUGAUGAGAAAGAUGCUUUGAAGAAUGAUGUUGAUGCCAAGUCCAAAGGUGGUCCCUCAAGGUGUGAUAAUCAAAGAGAUGUGGAUGAAGCAUGUAAAAGACACAAAGAAAUUCUAAAUCAAUCAGAGGAUGCAGAUUAUAAAGAGGCUUUGGUGAAUGGUGUUGAUGUCAACAAAAGGAUGGCUGAGCAAAUUCCAUAUGCUGUUGCUGAAAGCCUCUUUAACAGGUUGACUUCGGCAGCCUUUCGUGAACUUGGACAAGUUUUUGGUGUUAUGGAUGAGUUGGAAAGACUUAAGAACUCUGUUGAAUGCGUAAGAGUUGUGCUCCUUGACGCCCAGGAUAAACAGGAACAAAAUUUUGUUGUACAGAAUUGGAUAAGAAGGCUCACAGAUGUGCUUCAUCUUGCAGAUGACUUGCUAGAUGAAUUUAUUAUUGAAGGUAUGAGAUACAAAGUGGAUGCAGGUGAUAAUAACCGAGUGACAUGGAUUCAUUCAUCUUCUUCAAGCAAUUAUUUUCUACACCAAAAAAUGGCUCCUGAAAUUGAAAAAGUACAAAAAAAGUUUGAUGUUGUGCUAGAACAAAUGUCUAAGUUGAAUUUAAGCUCAAAAGUUCCAGUGGUUAAGCAAACUGACAGUUUAAGGAACAAAUCUAUCUCUUUUUUGUUAGAAUCAAACAUCAUGGGAAGAGAAGAUGAUAAAAAGGAGAUUAUAAAUCUCUUGACACAACCACAUGGAAAUAUCUCGUCAAUUGUUAUUGUAGGUAUUGGAGGUAUUGGCAAGACAACUCUUGCUCGAUUCGUAUAUAAUGAUGUGGAAGUGCAAAAGCAUUUUGAAAAGAAAAUGUGGGUAUGUGUAUCUAGUAACUUUGAUGUCAAGACCAUUGUGAAGAAAAUGUUGGAGUCAUUAAUCGAUCGCAAAAUUGAUGAUAAGUUAUCAUUUGAAUACAUACAACAGAAACUUCAUGAAAAUUUAACUGGUGAAAGGUACUUGUUAGUCUUGGAUGACAUUUGCAAUGCUAGUCAUGAAAAAUGGACUCAAUUGAGAACUUAUUUGAUGUGUGGUGCUGAAGAUAGUAAGGUUUUAAUGACAAGGCGUAGUGCAGUUGUAUCAGAGAGACUUGAAGCAAGCGAGCUCUAUGUUUUGAGUGGUUUGACUCUAGAUGUAUCUUGGAGUAUGUUAAAGAAAAUUAUAUUUGGGAAAGAACUCAGUGUAGUGAAUCUACAACUUGAAUCAAUUGGUAUAAAAAUAGCAGAAAAGUGCAUGGGAGUUCCACUAGCAAUUAGAACUUUGGGAGGCUUACUGCAAAGGAAAAGUGAAGAAAGGGAAUGGAUCGAUGUCUUACAAGGUGACUUUUGGGAAUUAUGCGAAGACAAAGAAAGCAUCUCGUCAAUCCUGAAAUUUAGUUACCAAAGUUUGUCGCUUCAAUUGAGACAAUGUUUUGCUUAUUGCUCUUUAUAUCCCAAGGAUUGGGAAAUUGAGAAGGAUGCGUUGAUUCAACUUUGGAUGGCACAGGGUUAUCUUGAAUGCACAGAUGAAAAACAACUCAUGGAAGAUGCCGGUAACGAAUUUGUGAAGAUUUUGUUGAUAAAGUCAUUUUUCCAAGAUGCAAAAGUGGGUGGAGAUGGAGAUAUAGUUAGUUUCAAAAUGCAUAAUUUAAUGCAUGAUCUUGCAAUGAAAGUAGCUGGCAAUGAUUGUUGUUACUUGGAUAGUGAGGCAGAAAGAUGUGUACAAAAACCCAUGCAUGUAUCGUUGAAACCCAGUGCAGUUCAUUUGCUGGACUCAUUAGAUGCAAGCAGGUUGCAAACUUUGAUUUUUCUGUCUUCCAAUGAGGAGGAGGAAUUGAAUGGGGUUGAAUUGUCAGUUAUUUUAAAUUUUGAACACUUGCGUGUCUUGAAGCUGUCAUACUGUUGUUUAACCAAGUUGUCUGGUUCAAUUGGAAAAUUGAAACAUUUAAGGUAUCUUAACUUAUCGCACUGCAGACGACUGGGAAGUCUUCACAAAUCCAUUAGCAGCCUUGUUUUCUUACAAACACUAAUAUUGGCACCUAAUGAAAAGGUGGAGUUUUCGACAUUGGUUGUAUCAAAAUUAAUCAAUUUGAGAAACCUUCACAUCUCUGAUUGGGAAGCCUCCAGAGAUGAGACACCAUCUGAAUUUGUAAACUUGAGCGUUUGGCAAUAUGAAGGGAUGGUUUUUUCAAACUGGCUCUCACCACUCACAAAUAUUGUUAAAAUAUCUUUCUUUUUGUGCGGAAGUCUGCAGUAUCUCCCACCGUUGGAGCGUCUCCCAUUCCUUAAGUCACUUCAUAUAAGUUUCCUUGAAGAACUGGAGUACAUAUAUUAUGAACAAGAUUUUACUUCAGCGUUCUUUCCAUCUUUGGAGAGCCUCUCCUUGCAGUUUUGUUACAAGUUGAAGGGAUGGUGGAGGAUUGGAGAUGAUUUCAACAACUGUUCACAAAAUCUCUCAUUGCCUCCCUUUCCUCGCCUUUGUCAAUUAUCAAUCAUAGGAUGUCUGAUGUUGACUUUCAUGCCCACCUUUCCAAAUCUUGAGAACGGGUUGGAAUUGUACAAUAGUAGGGCGGAAACAUUGAUAGCAACACUGAACACAGCAGCAGUAGAAAGAAUGAAUGACUUCCCUCCUCUUUCCAUGCUCAAAUCCUUGCACAUUGAUGGAGUUAGACUGGAUGUGAAAAGUAUCCCAAAUGUUUGGAUGAAAAAUCUUACUUCUCUCCAGCUUCUUCAAAUUAAUUGGUUUUCACGCCAAGCAUUUCAGCAAAUCGAAACCUGGUUUAAAGAUGAUCUAAAGUACCUUCCAUCUCUACAAACAAUUGCCUUUCAUAAUUGUGAAGACCUAGAGGCAUUGCCGGAUUGGAUAUGCAACCUCUCAUCGCUUCAGCAUCUUAGGGUGUAUGACUGCAUAAAUUUGGCAUCACUGCCUGAAGGAAUGCUCAAUCUAACCAACUUACAGACCCUAGAAAUCAUCGGAUGUCCCAUCUUAGUUGAAGAGUGCCAGACACAGACAGGUGAAACUUGGGAUAAAACUGCUCAUGUACCAAAGAUAAUCUUAUCAUCUCUUCAUUAAAAAGGGAGGACCGAGGAAACACUUUUUCGUCUUUUAUCAGAACAAAGCAGUACAUCAGAGCUUUCCACAUGAUUCUUUGUGUUUACCUUAGAUAUUGGAAUGUUCAGAAGUAUGUACGGACUACUCGUCAACCAUUCAAUGUAGAGCUUCUUUCUUACUUAUCACAGUCAAUGUCAUAGUUUAUGACUUGUUCAAAAAAAUGUCAUAGUUUAUCAUUUGUUUUCUGUUGUACCAUCUAAUUGGUUUUAAGUAAUCAUCGUAUCAUAUGCUUGUAAAUAUUAAAUAAUUUAUCAAAGUUCAAAUUUUAUCAUA